GUCAAAGCUAUUUUAUUACGCUACCUAUAAAUGCAUUGACAGCAAAACGCUCCAAGCUGUUUAAUAGGUGUAAAAAACGAACCAAUUUUUACGCAAAAUUACGUGAUAUUUACAUUUUUCCUGUUGUAAUUGUUUAUUGUUUAUACGUUUUUCGCUAUAAUACAUGCAAAAAAGAAAACGGCGUGAAAAAAUACGUUUUAAAAAUAUGGAGGAAGUUACAAGUCAAAUUAAAACAACAAACGACACCGAAUGAAAAUAAUUACCAUUGACGUUUUCUUGUUUGUUUCUUUUUUAUCACACAACCAGUUGAAUGUAUUAUGCAUUCAGUUUUUACCCACAAUUGACUAAUUCAACUUCCGUGCUUUUUAAUCUGGCGAGCAAAUCAGUCAAUAAUGUCCGCACAAAGAAUUUUCAACUCUGCCAAUUUAUCACUUCAAUUAAAGUUGCUAAUUUUCCUCCUAAAAUAAUUUUUAUUCACUUUAUUUUACUGAGUACAUAGAAGAAGAAUUACCAUUUUAAUUGUUACAGUUAGUUAUUGCUUGUUACAACGUAUUCUUAUCAAUUACCGUUGCUUAAGUGGAUCUUUUUGAAAUACAGGAACUCUUUUUCUCGAGAUUAUGGAUUAUAAGAAAACAGCUCAGCACCAAUUUAGAAAGCGAAAUUACUUGCUUUAAUAAAUAUUGUUGUUUUAAACUGUUUUGAAAACAAGUUUGAGCGGUUUGAAAUCCUAAGCAUAAACUUGUGCCAAGAAAACCGUGUUUAUAAAUAACUAACAGUUUCUUGAAGGAAUUCGAUACCCAUUUCUCCAAAGUCAGAAUUACCAAGUUUCAGCCUAUUCAAUAAUUUCUUGAGUUUCAGUCAAUUAUUUGAUUUAUUUGUUUUGAUGUCGUAAAUUUCCUAAGUUUCCGGAAAUUUCUUCCCAAUUUAAUUUCCUGAUUGCAACAAUGCACCUGAAAUUGAACGAUCAAUUUUGUCAGUUGAAGAAUUCGCGUAAUUUUUGAGCGCACAUUUUUUUUUUAUUUCAUUUACAGUAAAUUUUUAUAUAAUGCACUUGUUUUCUAAACGCCAGUUUAUCUUCCUUUGAUAAAAUUACCUUUUUGAAGAUUAUUUCACGAAAAAAAAGAAGCUUUCCCGGAAAAAUAACGCUGAAAUUAUAUCUUGUUUUUCCCUCGCUUAUUUACAUAAGAACGCCAUUAAGAUAAGCGACCCCCUUCGAAUUUUUCAGGAGGCGGGUUUGAACAAUCGUUUGUCCACGAAAUUCGAUUACUGUUUUCAAUUUAGCUGAUUGCCAUUACUAUAGCUCGUCUGGAAGUUUGUACAAUUACGCUAAUUCAAAUGGGAGUUUCCAUCAUUUUUACAACUUUUUGCUUGUAAAUUUGGUCCAGGCUAUUAAAAGCAGUACUUGUUUUUAUAACCGGAUCAUGAUUUGUAUUUCCAUAAAUUUCACGCUCUGCAAAUUACACCAGGGAAAUCUCUUGGAAUAAAAAUUCAUACCAAUAUAACGUUCGCCAUAAAGUCGCGGGAAUUAACGCUGUUGUUUUUCCUUUUUAUUCGUUUUUACGGGUGCGGACUUUGAAUUUUGAUUCGACUAUAAAAAAUUUUCCCGGUGAAUUUAAAAAUUACUGGCAGAGUUUAAGUCUUCUGGGAGAAAAACGGUAUUCAAGUUAUCGACAAAGUUCACACCUCCAUAAUUUUGCUUUUCCAUCAUUCCUUUGUUCACUUUUAUUCACUCUAAUUUCAUUUUUUCAACCCUUCAAAAUUUGAUCACGUCAGCACCGAACAGUCAAAUCAAUUUAACUCCCAAAUUUGGUCCCCCCAAAUUUCUUAAUUGCUGGUAGUUUUACCCAAAGGGCAAAAAAGCGCUCAAAUACCUUUCCGCCAGGAGCUCUGUCAACUAAAUUUCGUCAUCCUGCUCAUAAUUUUACUGAUAAAGUCAUAACUUUUAUUUUUUAAGUUGACAUCUGCAAAGUUUUAUUUGCCAAUCAAUCCAACUUUUCACUUUAAUUUUCUUUUUACUUUGUUACUGUCAGUCUCGUCACGGAUAAAAGCAUUAAAUUAUAACCAAAGUUUGACCGCUUCGAGCAAAUAAACCGCUUUGAGCAAAUAAACCUCUUUGAAAUAUUUAAGUCUUCACAAAUAUAUCUGUCUGAAUUUACCUGUUCAAAAAAAAUUUGCAGAAAAAAAAUAUUAGAAAAAAAAUUUCCGUUGUGACCAAAAUUUUAUAAAAUUGUCAGAUUUUGUGAAAUUCGAAAUGGCAUCAGGGAGUCACAACCACCAUCAGAGUUCCUCCGCAAGAGGGCGGACCAAACAGAACAAGUACGACGUCGCCAACUCGUCUGUCAUCCGAGAAGUGAACCACAAAGACUACGGCAUAUCAAAUGAGAAGUUCAACGACAUAAAAGAGAUGUUCAAAAUGUACGACAAGAAUGGCGACGGGAGGAUAUCGAAGGGGGAGUUGAUGUUGACCAUGCAGCUCAUAGGGGCCAACCCCACCAAGGACGAGGUGGAGAAUAUGAUCAGAGAAGUCGACACCGACGGAAACGGAUACAUUGAGUUCAAAGAGUUUGUGCAGUUUGCCAAAGUGUACCUUCUCAACAGGGAUCCGGAGAAGGAGUUGAGAGACGCCUUCAAAGUGUUCGACCGCAACGGCGACGGAGUCCUAGACGCCUCCGAAAUUAGUAAAAUCAUGCGCUCAAUGGGAGAGCGACUUACCGAAAGGGAAAUUCAGACGAUGAUCAACGAAGCCGACAGAAAUGGGGACGGAAAAAUCGACAUUGACGAAUUCGUCCGAAUGCUGCUUUCGAACCAAUGACCUAAUCGGCUUGCUCAGUUUUCGGCUCAACAAUUCCUUAUGUUUAAUGCCGCGUUAUGCUUCAUUUAAAUUUAUUCGAAUUUAGUUUAAAUUAAUUUAAAAUGUUUAGUAAUUAAAAUUAAAUGAAGUAAGUUUUGAUGUUUAAUUCAAAAAAUUUGCGCUUUCUUUUCAUUAUUUAUCAAAUCGGCUUCUCUUAAUUAAUUGACUAUAUUAAUGUUUGUAAAUUUGGAAUUACUUGGCAUUAAUUAUUCUAUUUUCAUUUUGUUUUAGAAUAUGUGUUAGUAAAUUGAAUCUAAUUUU